UGCAGCUCUGAUUCUACCCCAAGCCUGGGAACUUCCAUAUGCUGUGGAUGGGGUCCUGAAAAGACAAAAAAAAUGAGCCAUUCCUUCAGUCCUGGGCCUCAAGCCUGCCGUCCUCUCUGGCUCUGGAACCCAGCCCUCCAAACCCACCUAUGUUUUCUGGCUAGGCUGGCUCUCAUGAAAAUCCUGGGCCCAGCUGGAACCUGCUGCCUCACCUGCCCAUGGGGGAGGGGCAUUUGCCCGUUGCCAGGCGCCCAGAUUCCGGCCCCUGGCACUUGCCACAGCCAUGCUUCACGCACAGUCCUUCUUGCCAUGGUUGAUUCUGCUAGCGAUGCCUGUCCGCACCCAUGCCUGGUCACGGCCCCUGUGGUACCAGGUAGGGCUGGACCUACAGCCCUGGGGAUGCCAGCCAAACAGCCUGGAGGGUUGCAAGGGCAGCCUGAGCUGUCCUGGCCAUUGGAUGGGCCUGGGGGUGAAUCGCAUCUACCCUGUGGCUGGAGUCACGGUCACCACGACCAUGAUGCUGAUGCUGAGUCGUGCGGUGAUGCAGCGGCGGCGCUCACAGGCCACGAAGAGUGAGCAUCCACAGGUGACCGCUGACCCCUGUGCACCCUGGAAACGACGGGCCCCGAUCUCAGACCGCGCCCUCCUCCUCGGGGUCCUGCAUAUGCUGGAUGCCCUUCUGGUCCACAUUGAGGGCCACCUGCAGCGUCUAGCCACCCAGCAGCGAACCCAAAUAAAGGGGACUCCCGCCUAGACUGGGAGACCCAACAUAUGCCUUUCUGGACCUUGUGCCCCUUUUCUACUUUUAGAGCCAGUAGACCCAUUGUGGCCUCAGGGCUCAGGAUGGCUCGGCAGGUGGGGCCUGGGCUGGCUCACACUGCUCCAUUGCCCCCACCAACUGAUGCCUCCUCUCUAACAAUCACACUCACAAAUACAACUGCUCUGGGGCUCCUCAGGGGCCCCCAGUGUGGUAGGAGAAAACGUGGCUAUCAGGGCAGAUGCGGGUGGUCCAGGGAGGGCAGCCCCAAAGUGACCACCUGGCUCAGUCAUCUAGGGCUCCUAGUUGAGGCUGCAGGGUGUGAGCUAGGGCUGGGGAUAGAGGAUGGCCCCUGGAUACCUUCAUCUUUGUGACAUCUCAAACAUGCUCUGGCACCUAAGCGGCCCUUGUUUUAAGGCCUCUGGAAGUGAGGUGAGGGCUGAGCUUUCCCAAAGGGGCCCUCACCCCCUUGCUCUCUUCCUUCUACCAUAGGCAUCAGGAUCUGCUGAUGUGCAGCUCAGAACUGGCUCCUCCUCACCCACUCACAAAUAGGGGAGGGUAGAGGUGGUGGUGAAGCCAACUCAAAAAAGCAAUU